AAGAAUCUUUGCGAAUGACAUAAGAAAAAUAAAUUAAUGAAGUCGAAAUUAUUAUCAGUCUUAGUUGUUUAAGUUCGGAUAUUGAUUGAACGAACAGUACAAGGAUCCUAUUGUUAUCGAUGUGCCUCUGAAUCGUAUCUGUGUCAACAAGCUAGCUAGCUAAUUUAGCUAUACAUCAUCAAUUGAGUCUGUCACUGUCAGUCUGAUCUAGCUCGUCGAUCAUAGUUGAGAUGUCUUGCAGCUUUUGAAGAUAGUUAGUUAGCUAGCUACCUCUGUACUUUUCGUUCGAGGUCUCAAAUAUGAACUUGUAAGUCGAAAAACGAAUCAGACAAUAGAACAUGUCAGGUUAGCAUUGUAAACAACAGCAGCGAAUAACCAGUCAAACAUCACAUCAUCAUGGAGGAUGAGGAAGAUCUCGAGGUACUUGGCGAACAACUGUACGAUUUAAUUUACCCCAAGCACGCUGAGAUCGCCGGGAAACUCACAGGCAUGUUGCUGGAACUACCUGGGCCUGUCCUGACUCGGAUGCAGCAGGAUGAAGCUAUGCUGACAGAGGCCCUUGAGAAAGCCCUCCGAGCUCUGCAACUACCUCAGGGCCCCAGCAAUACAAGGAUGUCAAAGGAGGAAGAUGAAGCAUCUGCCUCUUCUGACUCGCUUGGGGAACAGCUGUUUGAGCUAGUGGACAUCUACAACACUGGACACACACAGAAAAUCACUGGCAUGCUACUGGAGCAGCAUAAAGAAGCGGUGCUGCAUCUUCUCUCAGAACCCUCACUACUGGAGGAGCAGGUGAACCUGGCCUUGAAGACACUGCAGGAGCUGGGUGUGGAAGAGACAGAUGCGAGUGACUCAUCAGAUGCCGAUGACACUGAGAGGCUGGAAGAGAGGUUGUUUCUACUGGUGAAGGAGAUGAACGCAGUGCACUCAAAUGACAUUACAGGCAUGCUUUUGGAGAUGGACCCUGCCUCUCUCAGACAGAUGCUGAGCGACCGCGCCAUGUUGGAGGAAGCCGUUCAAAAAGCACAAGCAGCGCUGGAAAGCCUUUGGAUCCAAGAGGACACAGAAAUCACCAAAUCCAAAUGAAGUUGGCCCAAAUACUGUGACAUUUCAGCUGAAGAAAACUACUUUAUGAACACAUGAACAUUUAUGUGCCACUAACCCACAGCUGCCAUGAAGGGGUGUAUGUAUAUACUGCAUUCUAAGUGGCGAUUCCUGAUAUUUUUCUCACUCUAACUCCCAACACUUGUCAGUGACUUGUUUCGGAGUGCAAUGCACUUUAGUUAAGGCCACACUCAUGAUUGGACAGGAAGGGGAAAAUGAGCCAGUGAAGUGUGCUGCGAUGCCCUCACACACUUGCUAAAAAUAAAACCAGGCACCCUACACUCCUUGAAAUAUACAUGCAAAUGCUCCUUUAGACUGCAGACUUCAGGAGUGGAGAAUGGAACAGGCCUAUAGUCUUUUUUUUGUUGUUGCUUCCAAUGCUAUAGGAGAAUUUGACCACUGUCUGGGUUGAUUGGAUUUUUCUACUUGCCAGAGUUGUCAAUGAGGGAUAGGUAGUGCUGGUCCAAAAUACUUUCAUCCUGCAGAAAGUAACUACAUCUGUAGUGCCACAGUGAUGCCAACAGACUUGAUAUUGCACACAUUUUAGGCCCACUGGUAGUUUUAGGGAUAUUUGUUUGUACUUCACUCAAUAAUAAAAAUGAAUUCAGUAACAUUACACAAAGAUUAUAAUAUUCCAUAUUCAGACACUGUUGGGAUGUACUGCAAUAACGUGUGAAUAGGAAAUGUAUUUUGAUAUGUAGAUAAAACACGACACUCCAUGAUGAUCCUUGGAUACUAAUUAGAAUAGAAUGCACUAGACAUAAAACAAAAUUAAACAUUCUUUCAAAGUGCUAAAGAGCGCAAAGAUAUCUUUAUUACCAUUUUACAGGGUUGAAUUCUAAAACAGGAAAAAUCAACAGCUUUUCUCAGACAAAAAGGGGACCUUUGGAAAAAAUAAUUGGGUGUUCAACACAGAAACAAAGUCAAGAACACAAAGGGGAAGCAAGGAAUUUUGGAUAACAAAAUUGACAAAAGCAACAGCAAAAAAAAAAGAAAAGGAAAAUGGCAGUUUUGAGUCAAAUUUGCUCUCCUUUCACAGAUGUAUUUAAUGAUGGGCUAGUUAAUCUGCCGAAGCAGCCGAUACAAACGUGAAUCCAGGUAUUAUAUCAUCUAUUAAUGACAUUUCAAAGCUAAAUCAGCGAAAACAAUAGUUGCUCUCCACACUUUUGCUCAUGACUACAGCUCAUAAAUACAAUCGAUCAGAUAAAUAUUUGGAUAGAUUAAUGACAUUUCAAAAUUGUAGUCAAAUGACACCAUGACUAUUCCCUAUAAAGUGCACUACUUUUGACCUGAGCCACUUAGUUGUGCACUAUAUAGGAAAUAGGGUGUCAUCUGAGACUUGACCGAUAUAGUCCUGGGGCCUCAUUUAUAACUGUUCACACAUUUCCGCAUGAGACACAUUUCAGAAAAUUCAGCGGGAGUACAAAAAUAUUUAGAUUCAUACAUUUGGUGCACACCCUAUAUAUGCAUGAUUGUUUCCUGUUUAUAAAUCGGACCGGUUGUAAAACUGCACGCAUUAAAACUCUGCUUGGAAAACACCUCCAUUCAACUUAUGGUGACAAUAACACCCUUUAUUUGCUGUAUAAUUUUGAAUUAGGCCAUGGCAGUAUCUAAAAUGGGCAAUUUUGUUCACAUUUCUGUGGGCAGAAUGUUUUGCAGUUAUUCAAACUAAACAUGCAUGCUGCCUAUAGCGAGUGCCUGAUGUCUGCAAGGUUGAUUGUAGCCCAUAUUUAACACUUUAAAAGUAGGCUAAAUGCUACAGCCCACACUAAAGUGCAAAAUAGAAAAUUGUUCAAUAUUUUGUUUAUCGAUAGAAACAAUGUCGUGCCUUAGUAUAGGCUCGGAUUAAAUUGGCAAUGUUGUGCUUCUAUCUCACAGCAAUACAAUAGCUUACCCUAACUCAAAUAUUCUACAUAAACUACUGUGUUGGCAGAAUGUUCCAAUACAGUUUAUGAAAGAGAAAACAAAUGGCAAAUUGUGGACCUGUCAGCAGAACUUUUAAAUUCAAUGUUUUGCAUCGACUUUUCACCUAAAUAUGAUGGGACUGGCCGUGAAUUCUGAAAAAUUGUCUAAGGAAGGCUACCAACUUUUCUUUUAUUACAGUAGCAUACAUAGGCCUACUUCAAUGUAAAAGAAACUGUUCCCCUUUUAAAUUUGACUGUAAGCUGUAUUAUUAACCGCACUGCCUAUGGGAUUGCACAACUUAAUACAUAGCCUAUCUAUUUACUAGGCUCCUAGGUCCAAUUAAAUGAGAUGCACAUGCUAAUUUGUUGUAUGGCUACUUCGGGAAUAUGAACCUAUUACGGCUAGAAAAGGUGAGAAAUUUAUUCUGCAAUGGUUAUGAAAAUAGAAAGAUUCAAAUGUUUAUUUUAGAUUAAAUAAAGAAUUUUGCUCUUCUCACUAAUGGCAAA